AUGGCUAAGAACACGUGGAUAUUACUUAUCCUUGCGAUUGUUUGUCUCCAAGCAUAUGGGAUCUACGAGCAUGAAGUUGGGAGAAAUGAAUGGUUUAUCCAAACACUAGGAGGAGAGAUUUACGACUCUCAUUCUCCUAAAGACUAUCCUCACCUCUUGCUGACGAUUAGUAAAAAGAUAUUAACAGGUGUUAACCAAGAAACUGGUAAAAUUAUCUGGAGGAAAGAGCUUGUUGAUACUGGGUGUCACUCAAUGAAAGUCUUUGAUGAUUACGUUCUUAUUAAAGGUAAAAACUCCAUCCAGGUUUUCACUAUUGGGAGAGGUGAAUUAGUCACAUCCUUAAAUUCUCAAAACGCGAUUUCAGAUGCUGCCUUAGUCGUAAAGGAUGACGGAAAGAAAGUCCCAAUCAUAGUCUUCUCUGAAAAGGAGGGAGAAACAUUGGCAUACAUCAAUGCUAAGAAGCAUGCGUCUCAAGAAACCUCCUACCUUGGUUUGAAUGUUGAUCAUUCCGGAGCUCUUAUUGGAAUCUCUCACAAUGGAAAAUCCCAUGAGCUGUACAAGAUUGACCCUGAGACUUUAAAAGCUACUGUUAUUAACAAAAAUAUCAAGAUUGCUGAUAAACUUGGCCCAAGAGUAUGGUACAAAUCUACAAGAAAGUUCUUCGCUAUUACUGACUUCGAAGGAAAAUCUAUUGUAUCCCUCAACAAAGUAUACUUCACUGGAAGUGUUGAAAAAGUGGAGGAUGUAGAGGGACUUACCUUCAGAGAUCUAGCCCAUACAUCUAAGAAUAUCUUUGCUCCAUUUGCGAAAUCCAACAACUUGGGUAGCCCAUUCCUGCUCAAGGUUUCUGAUGCUACUUUGAAUAUAUUCAAGAAGGGAGAGCUUGUUGCAACUUUGAAUGAGGUAAAUUAUCAAAAGUCUGGGGACAUCUUGAGAGUAUUCCUUCACGAUAAAGCAUUCUUGGUUCAAAUGAAAGAUCUCUCCUUGCAUUACAUUAGCAAAGAGGGAUUCAACAGAAAAUGGAAGAGAGAAGAAUCCUUAGCUAAUAUUGAUAAGUUCAAGUUCCUUGAUAUUACUGAAUCUUUCACUCAUCAUGACGACGUUGCAGAUUUUAUGAAGAAGAUGGAUGAGAUGGGGGACAGUAUCGCCAAAGUCCCAGUGAAGAUCUUGAGCAGAUAUACCUUCCACAUCCAAAGACUAUUCUCAUUUGUGACUAAACUUGGAGAUCUAGUAUUCAAUGAAAAUUUGUUCUCUAAGAAAGAUGAUGUGCACACAAGAGAUACUUUUGGAUUCAAAAAGCUCAUUAUUGGACUGAGUAAGAACCAUGAUACUUUGGUAUGCCUUCAAUCAAACAAUGGGCAACUCCUCUGGACACUCCAUUUCACUAAAUUCUUAAGAGAUGCAGGAUCCUUGAGAAAUGAAAAAGAUGAACUUACUUUCAGUGACUUCCAUCUUAUUGAGAAAGAAGGCGAUGAUAAUGAAGCAGUGGUUUUAAUUUCAACAAAGCAAGGAAAUACUCUCUUGAUCACUGUCGAUCCGUACGCCGGAACUAUCAAGGAUACAAGAUUGUACUCUGGACAUCAAACUACUCACAGUUUCAAGCUUCAUCUUGCUUCUUUGCAUGAAGUAAUUCUUCUCAUUGAUGAGAAGCAAAUGAAGACUCAGUUCUAUCCAAAAAUUGAAAACCCAAAGAUCAACAGUGACCCUACCAACCUAGACUUCUUCAACGGGAUGGCUUCAAUGACUCACUCCUUCGUUCACAAAGUUGAUAUCAAUGUUGAUUCAGAAAUUGGCAAUAGUGGAUUUGAAUUAUUAGGAGAGCUAUUCGAUUUCGAUUCUUGUUCCACUAAAGACGAAUCAUGCCUAUCUUUAAGUUGGAAAAUUCCCAUGGAGAACCAAGAACUCAUAGCUUAUUCUACAAAGUAUAUUCCUGAGAGGACUCAUUUCCAUUCGCAGAGAGCUAGCAACUUGAAUGGAGGUAUUUUGUUCAAAUAUCUUGAGCCUUCUCUUUUUGCCAUUGCCACUAAGUCUACAUAUGCUUCAGAGAAGAGCAAUGGGCUAUUCAUCUACAUCAUUGAAGGAACUACAGGAAGAAUUGUGCACCAGUUCUACGAAAUCAAUGUGAAUCAUGAGGUUCCUAUAAAUCUCCUGUUCGAUGAAAAUGCAUUGAUUCUUACUUAUGAGAGAAUCGGCAAGUUUGGUGAAGGUGUUCAGCAGAUUCAGACUGUUAAUUUGUUCGAACAGAACAUUAGACACAAUGUGAGAGAUGUUAUCGUUGAUUAUGUCAAGGGGGUUAAUUCUACAGACAUGUAUGGUGAAAUGCCUAUCAUCCUCCAACAAGCUUUUAUUUUCCCAGAGACCAUUAAGGGAUUAGGAAUAUCAAGAACUUUGCAAGGAAUCACAGGAAAAGAUAUUCUCCUGAUUCUUGAAAAUGAUCAGAUUUAUGCUCUUAAAGGGCUCUCUAUUUCCCCAAGAAGACCAUUGGAAGAAAGUAUGAAGGAGAACUUGAAUGUAGAUGUUGACAAAAGCUUAGACGAUAAUCUUCUUCCAACAUACGAUGCGUACCUAGACUUCAACCCAUCCAGCAUGAUCUCUCAUAAGUAUAACUUGAAAGGAAUGGAGAAGGUUGAGACCUCACCAAGUCAGAUUGAGUCUACUUGCCUCUCAAUUACUUAUGGUAGCGACUUGUUCUACACUACUCUUGCCCCAGAGAAGCAGUUUGAUGUCCUCAGUGAAGACUUUAACAAGGGAGCUCUUAUUCUCACCUGUCUCGGACUUAUGAUUGCAACUAAGCUUGCAGGCUGGUACUUUGAGAAAAGACGCCUGACUAGUAAAGCAAUGAAGGAAUAAUUUUUAUGAUAUAAAUUAUCCACCAUGAUUUU